AUGGCCAUGGCAGGCACAGAAAGCCCGAACACGCCUCGCAAACCCGUCGUCAACUUCUCCCGCCCACGACUAGCAAGCAAAGGGCAGACGGACAACGAUGAGGAAUUUGGCAUCAAGCAACACGACCAGUCCAUCCCCAACUCCGCCGUCAAAUCCGUCUCCGCCUUCCACUCCCCCCACCCCUCCGACCCUCCCUUCCCCGCCGAACCGCGCUUCUCCACCGACAGCGAAACCCUCUCCAACACCUCCGCCAACGCCCGGCGCGACGACGCCCUCGCAGCCGCACGCCGCGGAGCCCCCAUAGGCGGCCUCAAUGCCCAGCGACACCCCGGGACCCGCCGUCUAGAAUCCAAUAGCACGACGACCACGACCACAUCCGACAGCACGCACUCCCGCCCCAGCACAGCGGACAGCACGAAGCGCCUGAUGCCGAUCAAAUCCAUCCUGAAACAAACCUCCGUCGAAGUCUCCAGCGAGCGGGCGUCGAGCGACGGCGGGGAGGACACGGGGAGCCAUCAUACGGUUAGCGAGGAUGGAGGGAGUCAGAGCACGGUUGGGUAUGAGAAGGAUGGGAAGUGGAGUAGUAGCGAUUAUGAUACGAGUGAAAUGAGCGAGAAGGAGGUAAGGAAGCUGGAGAAGAAGGGGAAGAAUCCGGCGUUGGUGGCGGAGAUGAGGGCGGCGAGGAAGGGGAAGGGGAUUGUCGGGGUUAUGACGGGGACGAGUUAUGUUAGUUGA